AUGAGUAAUGCGAUGCCUUCGUGGUUCUUUACCCGCUGUGCGGAGAAUCCCGGAGCAGGGUAUGCCGUCGGCCUGCCGGCGGCAAACGUGGUGAUGGCUGAAUCGUACGCCAUUGUGAGCGAUGAGGUGCCUGACGAUGUCACGACUCAAGUCGAGCUCAAGUUGGACCUGAAGAUGUGUAACAAUUGUGGCCGCCGGAUGCCGAAGGAGGUGACAAGGAGCGAGAACUGGGCAGACGGCUUCUGCCGUGCCUACGACAUGGUGUACUUUUGCCAGCCAGCGUGCAAGAGGUACUUUCUUGUUCCGGAGUGGAAUCAUGCUGAGCGCGGAAGUGAGAGCGCGGCAGCGAGCGGCCACCAAGCUCAAAGCCAGUACGGAAUGCUUGCUUUGCCUGACGAGCUCCUGGUCUACAUCCUUGGCUCCCUGGAUCCACAGGCGUUUGCGGCGCUGGCAGCAAGCUGCAAGAGGCUGUGGCGGAUUGCCCACGAUCGCCGUCUGCUGAGCAAGAUGCUCCAGAAGAACAUCUACGCGUGUAAGCUGAUGGCCAGCGACACGAGGUUGCCUGAUCGUGGAGCGAUGAGCACGACGUGGCUGUACAUGAUGGCGACGUCGGCAGAGGAGAGCACGGAUCGACAGGACUUCUUCAACUGCGCGUGGGAACGCGGGUGGGUCCGGAUUGCGGUCAAGACUGCGUGCAAGCUUGUGUCGGAGUUUCCCGGCUCGAGCGAGGAGCUGGGCCUCCUGUGGAUGUCGUCGGACGAGAUUGUGGCAGAUGCCAAAGACGCGGUCUCUGCCGGCAUGUUGGCGAGCCCGCUUGCGUGCGUUGAGGCCGAGGUGAUUGCGGUGGUGCAGCGCGCGAUGGUGCGCGGCGGCGAGCGCGCGCAUCGCGGACGUGAGCUUAUGGCUGCUUUGGCCCCGGGCAGCUCUCUUGUCCGGCGCGGAAGCUGGAUUCUGCGCAGCGAUGUGAUGGCUGCGGUGGAAACUCGCUUCCCUCACGCGACGUCGAGUGGCAAAGUCAGAAGCCUGGUGAUCGAGUACCUGGACAACGGUGGCGAGUCCACCACUCCUGCGGAUCUUGUGCGCAACUUUAGCCGGCAAGAAACCAUGUUUGCACCGACUGCGGAUGUCGACGAGUGGAUUCCGAUUCCGGCGCUGGCCGCAGCGCGCACAGCGGUGCGCAACGGGGAGGUGCUGGCACCGCCGCUCACGCCGCGGCUGAUCGGCGUGCUCUCGGCCACCAGCAUCAACAAGGUGACGACGGCAUGGCUCGACGCGCGAGUGACGAAAGCGACUACGAGCGAGGAGCUCGAGUCGAUUGUGGCCGAAGCUUCGCGCUGGCCGAGCGUGAUCGCGGCUGAGCGAGAGCUGGACGCCGCUGUCUACCGUUUCUGGUUCGUCACUGACAAGAUUGUCCCCGUUGAGAUGGCGGCGCUCAAGGCGGCAAUGGCCAAGAGUGGCAUUCCAUCGUGGCGUCACAAUGUUGCCGCCAUGUUUCUCAUGCCUGCGGCUGCUGACGGGACCGUCACCCCGCGCACACUCGACCAUGGGGCGCAUGCAGAGUCCGAUGCGAUAGCGGGCGCGAUGGCGGCGGUGGUCAGCGCCCUGGUCCCGUUCAGCACCCGGCUGGACGAGCUCAGAUCGCGGAGGAUUGUGGCCAAGGACGUACAGCUGGACAACUCCAGCCACCACCUUGUCACCGACUAUGUGGUGAACGGCGACGAAGCGACUCUGGAGGAGCUAAAGCUCCUUCGCCGGCUCGACUGGGAGUUCUGGAAGCCGCGUGAGGAUGAGAUCUGGGAACGCUGCGGUGGAUGGACAGGUGGCCUCAGCGUGCUGCGCCUGGCGUUCGAGUGGAUGAAGCCAACGGCGUCGCAGGCCCAGCGGAUUGCGUUUCUGAAGAAGGCAGCCGACUUUUGCCCUUCUCUUGCACGGCAUCAAGACGACCUGCAUGACUCGCGCAAUAUCCUGGAUUUCCUCAACCAGGGCGUCGGAUCGGCGAUGUUUGACUUUGUCAAGACCAAUGUGCCGGCCACCGACCACCCGAGCUUCCACACCCGUGUCUUCCGAUGGAUAGACAAAAUGGACACCAUUUGCUCAUGCACGGCCACGGCCUGUCGCGUGCACGGCACAUACGAUGUGCCCGUCUCGGUCUGCAACGCGGUGAUUCGGAUCUUCGCCGCGUCCAACUCGAUCCCGGAGCUCUUCGAACGGCUCGGCGAUACCUCGGCGUGGGACACCGUGGGCUUCAUCGGCCUCGGCAACAUGGGUGCCCAUAUGGCGACGAACCUGUCCAAGGCUGGCCACCCGCUGGUGGUGUACGAUGUGUUCCCUGAGGCUGCCACGCGGCUGGCAGCGGAGGCGCCGAGCAACGUGGUGGUGGCGGGCUCGCCGGCCGACGUCGGCGCGUCCAAGGCCGAGGUCAUUGUGACCAUGCUGCCGUCGUCGCCGCACGUCGAGUCGGUGUACAACGGGCCCGACGGCGUGUUUGCCGGGGCGGGCGACGCGUCGAAGUUCUGCAUUGAUGCGUCGACGAUCUCGCCGCCUGUGGCUGCCGCCGUGGCCGAGUCGGCCAAGUCCAAGGGCCACGUCCUCAUCGACGCGCCGGUCUCGGGUGGCACCAUCGGGGCCGAGAACGCGACGCUGACGUUUAUGGUUGGGGCCGAGAAGGCCGAGUUUGAGCAGGCGCGGGCGGUGCUUGGCCGGAUGGGCCAGAACAUUGUCCACUGCGGCUCGCACUCGACCGGCCAGGUCGCCAAGGUUGCCAACAACCUCGUUCUCGGCAUUUCCAUGAUCGCGGUCAACGAGGCCAUGAACCUUGGCGUCAAGUCGGGCAUGGACCCCAAGGUCCUUGCCGGUAUUUUCAACACCUCGUCGGCCCGCUGCUGGUCGUCGGACACGUACAACCCGUGCCCGGGGGCCAUGGAUGGUGUCCCGGCCGCGCGCGGCUUCACUGGCGGAUUUGCCGCCCCGCUCAUGGCCAAGGACCUCUCGCUCGCCAUCGAGGCCGCCAACGCCAUCAACGCCCCGCUCAACCUCGGCUCCUCUGCCCAUGCUCUCUACCGGCUCAUGUGCACCAACGGCAUGUCGGACCUCGACUUUUCUGGCUACUGGCAGAUGCUCCAGGACAAGCCCUCGUCCAAGUGAACGAUCUCCCGC